ACCACCAUUCUCUCAGUUUUCCCUCGAUUCCUGGACACUAAAGGAUUGAUUCUUCAGGACUUUACACUCCUCUUUGGGUCAGAAACUGCUUCCAGACUUUUGGAAAGGUGGCCAACUGUUUUCAAAGCAAAGGUUAUCAGACUAGGAGAAACCUUGACUUCCACUCCACUGCUGAAAAGAUUACUGUCAUCUGCCAAACAGAGCAAAGAAAGCAGCGAGGCACAGGAUUCCCCAGAAUGGGACAGUGAUAUAUCAUCCUUCCUUCUACUUUUGCAUCUCCUAUCUCCCCAGGCUUCAGGAAGAAAGAAAAUCCAAAGGAUCAGUAUUUCACAGGCUAUUGACCAUCUGGUGGUGUUUCACAAAGCAUGCCGGAGUAUACAGGAACACCUUGAGCUGGAAGAGAAUCGUCAGCCAUACAUUCUUGCCUCGGGGAGCAGCAAGGAAGCCAUCAGUCACUACUUCAUUGUGGUGGAUAAAAAGCUCAUCCCCUGUCAAGAAUCCUCUUCACUGGCAGCCAUUGAUGAACUCUUCAAGGUUCAUUUUGUUUUCAGCCUCAGUUAUGAUCCUCCACUCAAAAAUUUGUACACUUUUCUACAGUGUACAGUGUACAGAAUUGAUGUUGGCACCACAAGUGAGAGCCCAAGAGUAAAGGAGCUUAGAGCUUUAAUGAUAAUGGGACAGUGCUAUAUCAUCCUUCCUUCUACUUUUGCAUCUCCUAUCACCCCAGGCUUCAGGCAGAAAGAAAAUUCAAAGGAUCAGUAUUUCACAGGCUAUUGA